CGAUCAGUUCUUUGAAACUAUAUUUGGAUGUACAAGCUAUUAAAAGCUUCUUGUACUGAGUGACCUUUCAGGCAAAAUUUAGAUCGAAUACUCACACUGCUGCUGCCUGUUGCUGAGUGGAAGACAGCAGAAAACCUGGACUCAAACCUCUAUUGGGUUUUUGUUUUGCUUGUUUUGUUUCCUUUCAUUUUGCCUUAAGAAGAUGAACAAUGAAACCACAACCCUGAUAUCCUUGAAGGAGUCAGUGAAAAGAGUAGAACACAAACUCCAAGCUUUAGAAGCACAGUUCAAAGAACUGGACUUCACAAAAGAUAAUCUGACACAGAAAUUUGAACAUCAUAGCAAGACAUUGGCAAGCCAGGCAGCCCAAGAUGAGCUGUGGACAGCAGUUCUGGCAGUCAAGUUCACGUCAAUGGAAUUGAAUAUUUUAUACAGCUACGUCAUUGAAGUACUCAUCUGUUUGCACACUCGUGUGCUUGAGAAGCUGCCAGACCUGGUGAGAGGUCUUCCCACCUUGGCCUCCGUCCUUAGACGAAAAGUCAAGAACAAGCGCGUUAGAAUUGUGUGGGAGUCUGUCCUGGAGGAGUAUGGGCUGCAAGAAGGAGAUAUCACAGCACUUUGCACCUUCUUUAUUGCACAUGGUAACAAGGCGGAACACUUCACGGCUAAAGUGAGGCAGAUGUACAUCAGGGAUGUCACUGUCUUGAUCACUAACAUGGUAAAGAACCAGGCUCUGCAGGAGGGUUUGCUGAGGGCUGUUCAGGUCAUUGAGAAGGGGAAAGCAGUGAGGGCCCCUGAAGAGCAAAAGUCAUUCCUAAAAGAGUUGAUACCAUCAGUCAAAAACUAACCUGUUACCCUAUGACCUAGCAAUUCCACUUCUGGUAAUUUAUCUUGCAAAUGGGAAAAAAAAAUAUGUAUGUACAAUUUUGUCACAGGCUUAUUUUUGUAACAAAAGUACGGUGAGUGUUAAAGAAAUUAUGAUAAAUUGAUACAAUGGAUAUUUUCUGUGUUGCCAUACAAGAGAAUGAAGAAGCUCUUUGUGUUAUUGUAUGAUAUGGAGUUAUCACCAAGAUGUGUUGUUUUAAAAUAUUUAUUUCCAAUACAUAGUAAGCAGAAAAAAAGGGCAAAAACAAAUAUGUAUAUAUAUACAUACACACAUUUAAGCUAAUAUAUCCCUAAACUUCAUAGACUUCUGGAGAGAUGCAUAAGAAAGUGAUAACGUUGCUUGUCUUAGAGAAGAAUACUAAGAGGCUAGGGGUCAAAGGUAGGAGGAACUCUUUUCACCAUUAAUGCAUCUUGUACAUUUUGAAUUUGAACCACGUGAAUGUACUACCCAU